AUGAAAAAAGCUAAGCCUUCAACUGUAAGUAAAUCUUCUAACCCCUUUGGGUUGAUUCAAAUUCCUUCUACUAAGAUUAGGAAUAUUAAUCCCUCUGUUGUUGUCAAGAAACCUCACUCUAUGACUAGCUUAUAUCUUGAUCCUAUUAAAAGCAUUGAUGUCGAACCUAAUGUUAUUGCAUCUGCUAAAGGUUAUGUUGUUCCAAAAGUAGUGGGUAAUGAUGAAUCAUUUGAAAGAUCUAACUCUGGUAUUGUAAGUCUAGAUAACCCUAGAUUUGAUAAGACCCUAGGUCAAUCUAGUAUGAAUGUUAAUGAUAAAGACACAGUUGAUAAAAGUAUUUGUGUGUUAAUAUCUCAAAUUUGGGGUACUGAACCUAAGUCUGUUGUUGUGUCGGAUGUCAUUACAUCCUUGGCCCAAACUGAUCAUCCUAUUAAAACGUCACUUGAAAAAUCUGAUGGAAAUUCUGAUAGUGAGUUUGUUCCAAUUAAGUCCCCUGAAAAAUCUGAAGAGAAAGGUGAUUCUGAUAUUAUGUUUGUUGAUAUGUCUAACAAAGAAGAAAAUUCUGGUGUGAAGAAGGAUCAAUCUACAGACAUUGUAAAUGUAGAUGAUCCGGACUCUAAUGAUGAGCCCACUGGUAAGAGAUUGACUCUAAGGAUAACUAAGAGGUUAAAGAGUAGAAAAGGGAAAGUUGUUGAGUCUACAAGAAAGCCAACCAAGGCUCCCAAGAAAAGUACAAGUGUUGGUUCUGCUAAAGGGUGGAAUAAGGUUGUAACUCCUUCCACCAAGAAAAGAUCUUUGAAGAGGAAGGAAGUCCCCUUUAGUUCUAGUGAUUCUGACUUUGAUGUCGAACAUGAUAUUCCAAACAUCGUACCUUCAGCAAGGAAGAAAGCUUAUGGGAAAAAGGUUCUAGAUAAUAUGCAUGAAGCUCCAAUUGGUAACAUAUCUUUUCACUCGGUGGAGAGUGUUGAGAAGUCUAAAUUUGUUCACCAAAGAAGACUGGCUUUGGAGAGGGAACUUAGCAAGAAUGCCUUUGAGUGCAAAGAAAUGAUGGAUCUGAUUAAAGAAGUUGGCUUGAUGAAAAGUGUGGCUGGGUUUGGCAAGUGUUAUGAGAUGCUUAUAAAAGAGUUCAUUGUGAAUAUUUCUAAGGAUUGUGAUAACAAGAGGAGUAAGGAGUUCAGAAAGGUGUAUGUGAGAGGAAAGUGUGUGGAAUUUUCUCCAGAAAUCAUUAACAGGUUCAUGGGCAGAAGUGAAUAG